AGAUGUCAAAGGAAAAGGCUGCUGCUCCUGCUAAAACUAAAACACCGAAAGUAAUACUGAAAAGAGAGAUAAAUCCACAAAUAUGCCGAAUCUGUGAGGAAAAGGAUGCGCUAGUGGACUUGACGGAGACCGUAAAUUAUCACCUACUCGUGAAACUGCAGCAGAUCGAGGGUCCAAGACAAAGUACGGAUGCUAAGAACUUCGAUGAGAUCUUCAAGUAUAUUUGCUACAGGUGUGAGAAUGCCCUACAAGGAUACUAUGCAUUCAGGAGUAAAAUCCGUAUAAUGCGCCUGAGACUCAUGAACUUUGCGAUCACCGGGAGAAUCAGUGUUGAAAGGCUCAGAGAGCCUAAAAAUGCAGAUAAGAAACCCGAGAAGGCUAUUGAUGACUAUCUGGAAGAAGUACUUCAACCAGAUCCUGGUCAAAGAGAGGAGUCCAAUGUUAUCGCUGAGCCAGAGUUUAUAGAGGUUGACAUUGAUGCAAUUAAGAUAGAACAAUUUAUGGAAGAAUCCGCAGUUGACGUUCCUGAAGACACAAGUUGGAAAGAAAUUUACCGACCGAAGACAUCGCCAAAGCCCAAAAACGAGAAAUUGAUUCUGAAGACCGUGGAAGAAACCAAGAUCAAGUGUUCACAGUGCAAAGAGAAGUUCAAGGAUCAAAGAUCUCUGGCUAACCAUCUCAUGAGAACGCAUCGUCCUGAAUCUCAAAAAAAGCCAGUGCAAAAGACACAAAAGAACAGGAAGUGUCCUUUUUGUGGCCAAAUAUUUGACCGCAUGUUCACAUAUUUGGAACAUUUAAGACUCCACGAUGCUUCCCUUUUCAAGUGCAAGUACUGCGCUGAAGAAUACAAAUCGAGGCUGAAUUGUAGAAUCCAUGAAAUGGGCCAUCGCGAGAGAGAUUUCAAUACUGAACAGCAUCUAAAGCAGCUUAAGGUUCAAAGAGCGAACGUUUUGGUGCAAUGUGUUCCGCCACUGCGACUCGAAAAUACCAAAGGCACCACAACUCCAAGCAAUCCCACAACCUCCACAGCUCGAACUUGUAUGAAGAUCCUGCAUCUGAGAAAAAAGCGAAUUCUUCUCAAGAACUUUAAAAGUGAAAAAAAUGUGAAGAAUGCGGCGAACUAUUUAUCUGGGAAAAUGAGUGAAAAAGACUUCUCUCUCAGUAUUCCUGUGGAUGAAAAGCGUGGCAAACCAGCAUCGGAACUACAUAUUUGUCGAAUAUGUGAGACACAAGAUGAUCUGCUGGAUAUUCUCACCGAAAGACACACUCACAUCUAUGAGAAACUCCAGAAGAUUGCCACCUUCAAGGAGGAAGACAGCAGCAAUACCUUCAAAUAUGUGUGUUAUGACUGCAGAGAUAAAGUAGAUGAAUUCUACGAGUUCAAGCGCAAGUGUGAAGACACGUAUGAGAAACUGUGCAAGGAAUUGCUUGAGGACUCGGAUGAGAACAGAAAGGGGGACAGAUCCUCUCCGGGCAGCGAUGUUUUUCACAUUGAAGAUGUAUUCGUGAAGACUGAAUAUCCAGUGGAUGAGAUCUUCUGUCGCGACGACACUGAUGACGAGUCUGAUAAUGAUUUUGACGAGAAUUGCAUGGAUUUCCUGCAAGUGAAGGUGGAGGACAGGAAUCCCGAGGUGAAGGACGAGGAUGGCGAGGAGAGGCGAACAAGAAGGAAGAAUAGAAAGUCAGUGGACAGGAGUUAUCAGUGCAGUGAGUGCGAUGAGACUUUCCAGAAUCACUACUAUUACACAAAGCAUAAGGCCACCCAUCAAGAAGCUAAGGACACCAUCUGCUCUAUUUGUAACCAUGAAUUCUCGACAAAACAGAAUCUAAAGCGCCACAUUGAGGACAUUCAUGAGAAGGUGGAGAAGCCGAGAGACGACAAAGAAUACCAGUGCACACAGUGUGAGUUGACAUUCAAGAAUCACUACUAUCUCACAAAGCACCAGGGCGUGCACACGACCCAGAAGAAGAACAUCUGUCCCAUAUGUGGCCAGGAGUAUUCAACGAAGCAGAACCUGCGGCGCCACAUUGAGGACAUCCAUGAGAAGAUCAAGAAAGCCAAGGGAAAAGACUCAUACCAGUGCAAUCAGUGCGACAAAUCCUUCAAGAAUCACUACUUCCUCACCAAGCAUCGCAUGAUCCACACCAACUCCAAGAAGAACGUCUGUCCGCACUGCAAUCAGAUGUAUUCCACGAAGCAGAACCUCCGGCGCCACAUUGAGGACAUCCACGAGAAAUUGCGCAAUCACCUGUGCACAAUCUGUGGCAAGGGAUUCGCCCAGAUCACCACUCUGAAGUCCCACUACAACGUCCAUUCGAAGAUCAAGUUCCAGUGCGACGUGUGCGGGAAGCGCUUCAAGACGGAGAUGUACCUGAAGCUGCACAAGCUGCGCCAUAUCCCGCCCGAGGAGCGCACGGACAAGAUCAAGAAGCGGUUGAAGAGUGACGGCUCCAAGGCCAAGAAGGUCAUCUGCAUCUGCUCCUUCUGCGGCAAGAUCUCCAACACGGCGGCCAUCCAUCAAAACCACCUUCGCACGCAUACGGGCGAGAAGCCCUUCGAGUGCGACAUCUGCAAGAAGUGUUUCUCCUUCAAGUUCGUCCUGGAGACACACAUGAGGGUGCACACGGGCGAGAAGCCCUAUAAGUGUGACACCUGCGGAAUGGCCUUCCGCCAGAGUGCCCAUCUCAAGACGCACAAGAGAGUGCACACGGGCGAGAAGCCCUACAAAUGCGUCGUCUGCGAGAAGGCCUUCGCGGAGAGACGGAGCCUCAAGGUGCACAUGAGACUCCACACUGGGGACCUGAAAUAUCCGUCUGAGAAGAAACUUUGGAAACCCAAUGAAGAAGAAUUGAGACAUCUUCAAGACAAGCUGGAAUCAUUGACCAAUUCUGGGAAUCAACAUAGCAAUUGGUUGCAAUCACUGUGCACGGAUUGCAAGAAGAGACUCGAUGAUUUGUGGGAGUUCAAAAUCCUCUGCAAGAAUGCGUACAGGAAGUAUCUGGAUAUCCAAGAGGCUCAGGAAAUGCCGGAUGACUAUGAUAUGUCUUCUUACGAUGUGAAGGAUGAUUACGAAGACAGCGAAAAAGAUCGCAAGAUCUUCCCCACUGAGAAAAUGGACGAAGAGGAAGAAGAGAAGAAGUACUUCCAAUCAUUUGAAAUGGUCAUGCUUGCAGAAGAGACCACCAUCGAUAUGGAUUUACAGCGGAAGCGCAAGAAGCCGAAGAGCAGCGAAAAGGCACCGGAAAGACCCAAAAAGAAGAGGAAAAGGCCAGAGAACAAGGUGGGGAAGAUACACAAGGAAAGCAGACAGAAGCUAAGUUUGCCCGGACCGUACACAUGUGCUAUUUGUGACAAGCAGUUCAUCGCGAAGCAGAACAUAAGGCAGCACGUUGUUGUUGUGCACAAGAAGACGCGAAACUUCCUAUGCAACUUCUGUGGCAGGAAAUGCGUGAAUCGCCAGAGCUUGAUUGUUCACGAGCAGACGCACAAUGAGAACAGACCUCGAGUGCCUUGUGAAUUCUGCAAAGAGACCUUCAGCACGAAGCACACCCUCAACAAGCACUUGAAGUUGGUGCACGCAGAGCUAAAACAGGAGGAGAGAUUCUGGAUCUGUCAACAGUGCAGCACAAUCACAGAGGGCAGAUAUGAGUACUACGAGCACCUCAAGACUCACACGGAUCUCGAUAGGUUCCGAUGCCGCUAUUGCAGAAGAGAGUUCAGCAGCAUUGACAUCCUGGCGCAGCACGAGAGCAUUCAUGUGGAUGAGAGGCCAUUUACGUGUAAGAUUUGCUCGAAAACCUUCAAGCAGAACGCCCAUUUGACGCGACACAUGAACAUUCACACCAGAGCAAGGAAGUUCCCAUGUAAUUUCUGCGAUAAGGUAUUCUCCCAGGCCAGCAAUCGCAAGGUACACAUAAGACUUCACACCGGAGAGACGCCUUACGAAUGCUCAAACUGCCGAAAGAGAUUCAGCGACAGGAAGCUGUUCAAGAAUCACUGCGUGAAAUGCUCAGGAUCGACCGGAUUUAUUGAUAACUGCAAAGGUAAACAAAUAGCGUGGAGUAAAUUUCCUGGAAUUUCUAGUUUUCUGCGAAAAAUGAGUGCAAUAGCUAGUAAAAUGUGCCAAAUUUGUGAAAAUGCACAGUCUCUGCUGGACCUGUCGAAUGAGGAGUUUAAAUAUCUCCGAGAUAAACUGCAAUCAGUCACAAAUAAGGAGUAUCAGAACAUCAACUGGCUGAGAUUCAUCUGCACUUAUUGCAAAGAGAGACUCGAUGAUCUCUGGGACUUCAAGAUUCUCUGCAAGAAUGCGUACAGGAAAUAUUUGGACAGUUUGGACGGAUUUGAGGAAGUCAAGGAGGAUUGUGAAGUGCCCGCUUUAUUCCAAGUCACAACGCUUCCUACAUUGAACAUAGAAGAGAGUUCCAAGGAGAAAGAAGAGCAAUUAGUUCUGAUGGAGAAGGAGAAGCGUAGAAAAAACAAAUGGAAUCCAGUGCAUGUCACGUGUUCGCUAUGCGACAAAACCUAUCUGAAGAGCAACUUGAAGCAGCACAUGAAUACGGUUCAUCUGAAAAUCACUCCUUACUUGUGCAAUGUUUGCGGAAAGAGAUUCGCAACGCGCUAUCGAAUGGAACAACAUGAGUCUGUUCAUGUCAAGGAUCGACCCAGAUUUCCGUGCGAUUUAUGCAGUAAAACAUUCUCUAAGCCCACAAAUCUAAAGCGCCACAUCACUGAGGUGCAUAACGAUCCACUGAAGAGGAAACCGCCAAAGCCACGAUGCAAGUAUUGCUGCAUCGCCUUCGAGAACAAGGAGGAGUAUCAGGAACACAUGAGCAGCCAUCCUGGAGUGAGAAUUCGUAGGUCAGGAUUGGAUCUCAAGUGCAAGUUCUGCUCUAAGCAAUUCAAAGCUUAUGCAAUGCUAAAGAUCCACGAAAGGAUUCACACAGGCGAGAAACCGUAUAAAUGCGAAAUUUGCUCAAAGACCUUCAGGCAGGAUCAACAUUUAAAGACUCACGAGCGUGUUCACACUGGGCAAAAGAAGUACCCGUGCAAAUAUUGCGAAAAAGUGUUCACACAGGAAGGCAGUCGCAAGAUUCAUACGAGAAUUCAUACAGGAGAAACUCCUUUUCAGUGUUCCAACUGCCCCAAGAGAUUCUACGAGAGGAAAAUGUGGAAAAACCACAAUAUUAAGUGUUCUGAGGCAUCUCAUAAUCAACCAACGACAGAUCGUCUCAAGAAUUGAAAAACCCGCGGUUUUCGGAUUCUCCUCUUAUGCUGCAGCUGCGCUCCCUAUUGUAAACUGAAGUAACUAAGAAACGUCAAACAUGGCUCACACAUUUUCGGAAAGGUG